AUGGUCUCCCCACGAGCCAUUGCUGGCAUGUCCUUUUGUAUUCGCUUGUUCAUUUUGUGCCUCACCAUAGUGGCGAUGAUUUUGAUUCUGGUAGCACCAGGAGCUUGCUUCUCACGAUAUCUCAACGGUCAGCCAAUCAGUAGAGAGAUAUGUCCAGGUCAAAACAGCAUAUUUCCGAUGAACGCAGAUCGUUGGAGUAAUGCUUUGCAUUUUCAAGGACGAGGAGAAAAUGUCUACGGUCAAGUCGCUUUAAUCGUCGUCUCUCUCUUCCUUGCCUUGGUUACGGUAGGAAUCAGCUGUGUUCAUCUAGCCAUUGGCAGCAAUCUUACAUAUACGGUGAGCAAGUUUUUUUCAUAG